ACAGGGACGAAACGAACAGCCGAUAAUAGACAAGCCAUUCUUAUUUUUGCAUGGAGUAAAAAGGGAAAUUUUUUUGAGAAAACACUGGGUCGUUACAUCUCGCUUAAGAGCCCCACGGAAGCAUGCGGUGGCUUCAACGAGAAAAUAAAAAACGCAUUUCGGAUUUCUGAUACAAUGUAUCCAGCUAGCUGUCGAUAGCUAGCUAUAUUAUUGCUAGCACACCAGCGAACGCUACGAAUGUCUUCAUGUCAAAGCUAGCUUUACUCCCAACUUGUGGUAGCGGAACGGAUCUUUCAAGAAGAACUGAACAACCUGCAGCUUCGGAAACUCGUCGGAUAAAAUCUGAUGUCUGCGAUGACCCUACAAGACAUUAAUUGGCUGGUUCAGGUGGUCCUGUUCCUUGCUUCCUUGCUCAUUGUGCUGAUCUGGCUGGUACAGUACUCGCGGGCCAUAUUGCGUUCCCGGAGCCGGAGUUUGACCCACCCGGAGCUUGAUGAAACUACCUGGUCACUGCCGGAGAACUUGUCACACCAGACCCGCGCAGCAGGCGUUUGGGGCACGCUGUUGCAGUUGAGGUUCGGGCGCAACGGCGGCGGAGGCGACACGGAGGCUGGGGUGAAAGGAUUGCUUUCGUCGCUCUUCGCUUUCCGGUCUUUCAGGGAGAACUGGCUGCGGGCAUGGGUCCGGGCACUCAACGAGCAAGCUUUUAGAGAUGGGAGCUCAAUCCAGAUUACCUUUGAUGAUAGCCUCCAGCUCCCAUCAACUGCCUCGAUCAGUCAUGUGACCUGCACAGACCAAUCAGCACAUAACAUGGUUCUGCAGUGCAGCUGUGCGGUUGACACGGUAACGUUCCCCGUCAGUGUCACUCAGCAGUCACCUGCAGCAGUUUCCAUGGAUACCUACCAAGUCACCAUUGCGCCAGUGCAGGUCCAGUUGGUGGUGUGUUUGGAGGAAGUGGAGGAAGAAGGUCUGCUGGUGUCCUGGACGUUUUCCCAGCAGCCCUUGCUGGAUCUGACCGUUUCGCCACGCAGAAUACAGAGAGAGACAAGCGAUGGGGCCGAUGAACAAGUGGACGUGAACACGAUAGCAGAGCUGGUGGAGGACACCUUGUUCAGCACGCAGCCUGCCAUGAUCAUCAACCUGAAGGCCUGCGUGUCCAGUCCGGCGACCUCUGGAGAAAGGCUGAUUCGGGCUGUGAGUCCCCCUUCCCAGGGGACCCCUGUGCGGAAGCUUCUGGUACGACAGCUCCGAGCAGCAAACGUGAAAGGACGCACCCACUUGGGAUGGACGGAGCUGUGCUGUGCCCUUGAUCUGACCCCGCCCACUCAGGAGAGGAGGACUGGCUUCCUGCCCCCACCCCCACCGUCCAGCCCAGCGGCAGAGCUUGAAUGGAGCGAUGACAUCACGCUGGAUCUGGGCCUGGAUACCAAGGAACUUAAAAUCAGACUGGUGGAACGCAGCAGCAAAGGGGAACAGUUCCUGCCUGGCCGGGCCUCCCUUCCCUUGGACCUUCCACGAAGGAGUCCUACUGGGAGGCACGUGCUGUCAGUCAGUCCAGGUCAAGGUUCAUCACCCACUGGCACUGUAACCUUUGAGCUGCUGUUCCUGGAGCCAGGUGACCCACGCGGAGGUCAAGGACCUGCCGGCUUGCGCUCCUCACUCACCCCAACUAAGAAAGUGGAGAUGGACCGCACAAUCAUGCCGGACGGCACCAUCGUCACCACAGUGACCACCAUUCAGUCGCGACCCAAACUGGACCGCAAACUAGAGUCUCCCACCUGCUCUCCGUCCAAGGUGGAGGUCACAGAGAAGACAUCGACUCUCCUCACAGACAGCUACCCGAGCAGUGUCAGUCCGACUCUCAGCUCGGACAGUCAUCUUUCCAAUGGGCUGGACCCUGUGGCCGAGACUGCCAUCAGACAGCUGACGGAGUCUGCCAGCAAGGCAGUGAAGAAGACGCCCACUAAGAGGAGCACACUCAUAAUAUCCGGCGUGUCAAAGAUCCCCAUCGCGGAGGACGACGCGGCGAUAUCGAUCGGCUACGCCGCGGCCAUGGACGCCGCGCUGCAGGGGGACCACUCCCCCGGAGCCCUCAACCACAGCGGCGCCAGCUCCCAGGGGGCCGUGCAGCACGACGCCGACGAGACCACGCCGUCCGACAUCUCCGAGAGGCCGUCCGUGGACGACGUGGAGUCGGAGACGGGCUCCACGGGGGCGCUGGAGACCCGUAGUCUCAAAGACCACAAAGUGGGCUUCCUCCGCAGUGGAACCAAGCUGUUUUUUCGCCGGAGACAUCGGCAGAAGGACCCUAGCCUCAGCCAAUCGCACGAGGACGUCUCCAACCUGGGCAACGGCUCCGCCGUGCCCAAGAAGUCCGGAAGCUUCUCUCGUCGCCUCAUAAAACGCUUUUCCUUCCGUUCCAAGUCGUCCAAGGGAAAAGCAAGCGCCAACGGAGGAGCUAGCACAGCUGAGAACUGAAUGGGGAAAGGAUUUCGAUGGCUGUUGAGAGUGCGGGAGGGAGAGGUGUGGGAUCUGCCUGCAAUUUGUGGCAGGUGCGGGUGUCCCGCCUGCAAAAAAAGGCGGGAACCCACAUGGCCCAGCUGUGCGAAACCCAACUUCAGGCCGAGUGCAUUGGGGCCAUGGAAAUUGAUGACCAUGGAUGUGCACUGUCAGCAGGAAGACCUCUUUCCAAAAGUCCUAUUCACAUUGCACCAGCUUCUGGCAGAAUCAAUGGUCCCCCUCCCACUACUGUACGUGUGGGUUUAAUGUGAAAGAUAACCGAAGCCCUGUGCACUUUUUUCCCCCCCUCACAACGGUCUAAAACGCUGUACCACCUGCUGGGAUAAUGUCACAUCAGUUAAUUUCGAAAUGCUAGUAAGCUAGCAUUGCUGUCAAUUGAAGACUUCGCUAUCAUAUUGUAAUAGAAUUUUCUGCUGCUUUUGUGCGUUAAUACGAACCAGUCCGCUUUUAACUUAUGGCGGUACAACAUUCAAAAAAAGUAUACAAAUACCAUCUGAAAGAUGGACUGAAAGUUUACGUGUACCUUCCAAAACUAUGCUGAAAUGCAAUCGGAAAAAAAGAUUAUGCACAUCGUUUUGCUAAUUGCAACCUACCUCCAUAUCACAAAGCCAUUUGCUAGGAAAAUCUGCUUGCGUGAAGCAUUACAUGCAGUAAACCACAAAUUAAAGGCUUUUGGCUGGUGAAAUUUGAAUUGACACAUACAACGUAUUUACUAAAUAUUAUUUGCACUGUUGUCUGUUACAGAUGGGCAUCAGAGAGCAAAGUCGGCAUUUUCAAAGUGAAAGUGCUACGGUGUAUGAGAUCUGGGAGAAGACUUGUUUAAUUGCACUAAAGUAUGUAAGGAGAGGGAAGGGUUAUAGCAGAGCAACAGAACACUUUUUAUUCUGCAGGAAGCCUGAGAUUUCUUCCAUUACAUUAACGAAAGCCUGGCCCAGCAUUGCGGAGGAAAGAUCUGCUUUAAAAGCAUUGCUUUUAAAAGUGCAGGAUGCUUGUUUUUUGUUAUUUUUUUCCUUAGUCUGUUCUUUUCAGAGAGCCAUGCUUUAGACAAGGAUCACUCCUUUUCCCAACUGUGUCUCUGGGUCUCACACUGCUCAGAGUAGCAUCACAGAUGCAACAUGGCCACCUGCAGAAGGGCAAGGCCACCUACCCAAACGGUUACAGCAGUUUUUUUAUUUAUGAGGCUGAAUGUGAUGCUUUCGUGGAAUAUACUUCUAGGUACAGUAGGUAAUUUCAGACUCCUAAUGCUCAAGAGAGGAAUUGGAGCAACAAACACCCUCAAACCAAAACACUGUUUAUCCCCCUUCUCUGUGAACACGCUGACCCCACCCACGCCAUUGGCUGUGGCAAUUAGAACCAAUUUUCAACCAAUGAGCUUGAAUAAUUUCUUUCUUUUUUUUUUUCUUCGCAAGAAACUUACCUGUUGUAACUUUAAUGGGGUGAAUUAUGUAAAUCCAGAUGUACUGGGGGUGUGUGUGUUGUAUGAACUGCUGAACACUAGAGGGCAAUGCUGGAAAUGUUGGGCUCGCUAAGAGAAAAGGGUAUUUAUUUUAUAAUGGCUGCACUUUAAACUUAAGCUGUAUGUUUACAGUUCUGGAACCGUUGUUUUGUUGAUAUGAUUUGCUUGAUGUACAGCCUACUCUGUUCCCAUGUACACUAAAUUUUAUUCCUGUUAUCAGUGUGGUCCGUACAUGCGUUGUACAUUGGCCUAAUUGACUAUGAUAUAUUUACAGAUAUGCAGCUCUGAAGAUAAUGAAGCCUCAUUGUCGAACUGGUGGGACUGAUUACCAGUUCGGCUUCUUUCCCUUAGUAAUGGUGGUGGUUUAUUUAUUAUUGUUAUAUAUAUUAUACUGGAUAUGUGUUUAAUUUAUAUAUGUAUAUGUGCAAAUGGAGUUUUGAAAGUCACCGCACAUUAUAAACUCAUCAAAUCGAAUCUCAGACAGAAAGUCCUUUAUAAAAUAUUCAGUAUACUACUUUGUAAUAUUGUGCAUAUCAAAUCUUCUGUUGUAGAUAAUUGGUGUAAAAUAAUGUUAUUUUUAUUAUUUAUAUUUGAGUGAAAUUAAGACACAUAAGGAGUAGACACAUCCUCCAGGAAGCAAUAUAGUGCUUCUUCCACAAACACACAAAAAAACCCUACAACAUACAUGUUUGCUUUCACACACAUUUUUUUAAUAACAGGCUCAUUAAAAUAUCAUAUUUAGCUGUAGCAUGUCCACAACUGCUACCAAAGUCUUGCUUUACCAUCAACUGUCUAUCAUGUGAACCAUAAAUCUAAUUGUGUACAUAUAAUAUAUUAAAGACAGGGUAUGUUGGCGAUGUACACGCACGUAUACAUACAGGUAUGUAUGCAAUAUAAAUUAUUGGGUUUUUUAUUUGUAUUAUUCUUGAAUGUGGUGCUUCCUUUAUGUGUAGAUUCCACUUCUGUCCUUCCCCCACAACCACUUCCCUCCCUUCCCCCACAACCACACACACAUAUACUCACGCACACACACACACGCACUCACACACACAGACUCGUGCACACGUACACUCACACACAUAUCGCGCACACAGACUUGCACACACACACACAC